CACAUCGAUCUAUUUACAACGAUUGCUUUGGUCUACUGCAUACUGCUGGCGUGGUCGUGGAAAUACGUGACAGACUGAACGUUGUUUAGCGGGGGACUAGAAUGUGAUGUUUACAGGCCUUUGUGACCAUCCUACAGCGACUCCUCAAGCCAAAGUGACAACCAGGUAAGCAGCUUAGCCCUAUAACUGGAGCAAGGAUACAUCCCUGAGGGUUAGCGGCGCGCUAGGAGAACUCCAAAUGCUUCUCGACACAGUUGUGACUGGAGACCGACGCUGCGCCCUCCUCGCCUCUUCUCUCCAUCUACUCUGAUCUACUCUUCCUUUCAUCUCAUCUCUCUGUCACCUCUGAACACCAGCCACUCUUCACAUUUACUCGCCUCUUCUCUCACUGGAUAACUUGGGUGCUAAGAGGAGAGUGGAAAGGUGCCGCGUUACAGCCACUUGUGCCAGACGAGAAUUCCCGAAGAGAAGAGGAGUAGAGAGGAAGGGGGAGGGAGCGCUAGAGGGUAGUCCCGCCUCUGUGUGCUCAGUUCACUCGGAAAGGCAGAGAAAAUACAAAGGAACGCCUAGCCCUAGUGGCCUGGAGCCUGGAGAAGAGGAGCGGUGUGCACAACCACAGCCACAACCUCCUCCUACUCCUUCAGUCCCCAGCGUGUGAACUGCCAACAGGAACAACCCUUCCAUCUGGCUCUUCCAUCUGUCUUAACCCUGAUCCAGGACCUGCUACUGUUUGUUUGGUUACUUCCUCUCUCUCGCUCAGCGUCAGUGAGGCUCCACAGCUGAUCCCAGACACAGCACUGUGACGCUCUGCUCAGCGCCCAGUCUUCUACAGUUAACCCGGCAGGCUAGAAGCAGGAAUAGGGAGCGCUUGACAAGAGGCUAGAGUCAGAGAUGGGAGUCCUUGUUUGUGGCGUGGUGGUGCUGACGCUCAUCUGUCAAAGCCAUAGCUUGGACGGUGCCACAAACCCCCUGCACAGGUUUAAAAGGUAUCAGGAAAGUGCCUCUUCGGAGCCCAACGACUGCACUACCAGGACGAGACAACCCAUGGUCCUGUCCAAAUCAGGCAACUUUUCCCUGGAUGUCCGCAUGCCGGGGGUGUCCCCCACGGCGUCUGACACCUAUUUGUGUGUGGCCGUUCCAGUACCGACAACCAGGGAUGCCUAUAUCGUGGAUUUUGAGCCUCAUGCCAGUAUGGACACAGCCCAUCACAUGCUCCUGUAUGGCUGCCGGACACCAGUCUCCACCACCAACUACUGGGACUGUGGGAGUGUCAAGGGGACCUGUGAGGACGAAGCCUCCAUCAUGUACGCCUGGGCCCGAAAUGCCCCACCCACCAGGCUACCCCCAGAUGUCGGUUUUAAAGUUGGAGGGAAAUCCAGAAUCACUUACUUUGUGCUGCAAAUCCACUAUGGGGAUGUCCACGCUUUUAGUGACCACCAUAGAGAUUGCUCAGGACUUACCUUACGAAUGACUUCCAAACCACAGCCCUUCAUUGCUGGCAUGUAUCUGAUGAUGUCUGUGACCACCGUCAUCCCUCCAGGAAAUCAAGUUACAAACGCAGACGUGGCUUGCACUUAUAACUCAUAUCCCAUAUACCCGUUUGCCUUCAGAACCCACACGCACAAGCUUGGACAAGUUGUCAGUGGUUACAGGAUUCGAGACGGGAAGUGGACUCUGAUUGGACGACAGACUCCUCAGUUACCACAGGCAUUCUAUCCUGCCACCAAGGGAAUCAACGUGAAGUACGGAGACACACUUGCUGCUCGAUGUGUCUUCACCGGGGAAGGAAGGACCACCAAAACAUAUAUUGGAGGUACCUCUGAUGACGAGAUGUGCAACUUCUACAUGAUGUACUACAUGGAGAGCAGACACGCAGCACCCUUCCAGGAGUGCAUGGAGGACGGCUCCAAGGAGUUGUUCCAGAACAUUCCACCCGAGGCCAACGUGCCCAUCACGGUUCCUCCAGAGAUGAUGAUGCACAACAUGAUGCACUCUGCUGGAGCCCCAUCUACCCCAGAGCAUCAAGAUGACAUGGCGCUGUUGCAACCCAAGCGUGAGGAGGAGGAAGUUCUGGAUCAGGGUGACUUCUAUUCCCUUCUGUCCAAACUCCUAGGCGAGAGCGAGGACGUAGUCCACGUGCAUAAGUAUACGCCCGGCGAGGCGCAGAGUGCCCAGGCCAAACUGGUGGCUCAGAUUGAUAGCAUAAUUCAAAAGAAGGACCUGGGCUGGCCCAGUCCCAGGCUAGGCUUCCUGGACAGAGAGGAUGCUAUACUGGUGAGGGACAGAGUGCACAAGUUUCACCAGUUAGAGGCUACGGCCAGGCCUCCCGGGAGCAAGCUAAUGCCAGCUAACGCCCUGGUCGAGAUUGACGAUGAUGAUGAUGAUGAAGAAGAAGAGUACCAUCUGGAAGAGGUGACGGACUGGCCAGAGAGCCCACUCCAGCUGGGUCAGGUGUCCGGUUUGGCCCUGGACUCAGACGACAACCUGGUCAUCUUCCACAGGGGAGACCACCAAUGGGGGGUCAACUCCUUCGACAACAGCGGCAAAUACCAGCAGCAGUCCCUGGGUCCCAUUCAACAGUCCACCAUUCUCGUGGUGGAUCCCGUCAAAGGCAGCGUACUCAAGGCCUCCGGAAGAAAUAUGUUUUACUUGCCUCAUGGAAUCACCACGGACAAGGACAAUAACUACUGGGUCACGGACGUGGCGCUUCAUCAGGUGUUCAAACUGAGCAGCGAUGGGCGGGACACGCCCCUGGUUGUGCUGGGAGAGGCCUUUGAACCGGGAAGUGACAAAGAGCACUUCUGCAAGCCCACCGAUGUGGCGGUGGACCCCGUCACCGGGAACGUGUACGUGUCAGACGGAUACUGCAAUGCCAGGAUACUUAAGUUCUCACCCGAGGGAACAUACCUGUCACACUGGGGAGCAGGCUCGUCAGACAGAAGGAGAAGGGUCCAGUUCCGAAUCCCACACAGCCUGGUGUUUCUGCCUGACAGGCGGGAGCUGUGCGUGGCCGACCGGGAGAAUGGACGCAUCCAGUGCUUUGUCGCUGAAUCCGGGGAAUUCGUCAAGGAGAUCAAGAAGCAGGAGUUUGGAGGGGAAGUGUUUGCCAUCUCCUACGCACCUGUGCAUGGUGGUCUGAUCUACGCGGUGAAUGGGGAAUCUGCGUACGGGCGCUCUGCCCCUCUCAAAGGCUUUGUGAUUAAUUAUUCAACCAAGGAGAUCCUGGAUGACUUCAGCCCAGAAAACGCACAGGAGUUUGGAAUGCCCCACGACAUUGUUGUAACCAAAGAUGGGCGUGUCUUUGUAGGAGAUGCAGCCACAGACUCCGUGCUAAAGUUCUCCUCUGACAAAGCUGAACAUCGCUCUGUUAAGAAAGGUGGAAUUGAAGUACAAGAAAUUGAAGAAACAGAGACUAUAAUCCAAACCCGCCUGAAGCCCCAGCACAGGGUAGAGGUAGCGGUGGCCAAGGUGCAGAUACCUGUAGUGACUCAACAGAAGACUGCUGAGCUUGUCCAGGAACAGUCCCAAAAACCGCAACAACAAGAGGAUGAUAAGGAGACGACUCUAGCCAAACAGAGUGCUCAGGGCGUGUCUCCGGCAGUUAUCACCACCCUGCUGCUCAUCCCCUUAGUGGUGGUCAUCUCCAUAGGGGUCUUGAUCCGCUACAGGAAGAACAGGAUGUAUGGAGAUGGAUGCGAAGUAAAACUGGAACAGACCUCGUCCGGAGGAAUCUUGGGAAAACUCAGAGGUAAAGCUGCGGGCGGUCUGAACCUGGGGAACUUCUUUGCCACUCACAAGGGCUACACCCGGCAAGGCUUUGACCGUCUCAGCACCGAGGGUAGUGACCAGGAGAAAGAUGACGAUAACGACACUGACUCUGAGAACGAGGAGUACUCGGCCCCGCCUCCCCCUGCCGGCCCCUCCUCCUCCUCUUAGGACCCCCACCACCCCACCUCGAAGCCGUCCCACCAAAUGCCAACCGGCCCUUGGCUCCCGUGGUCAGGAUGUACUAUAAUCGUAUGUGUAUCUAUGUUUGUGUUGGCUGCCAAUCGUUCCUAUUUAUUUGUGCAAAAAAACAUUCUCGAUACGAUGUGCCACUAUCUUGCUUGGUGAGUUAAUGGGACCAGAGAUUUUAAGUAAGAGAACACUGGUAGGUCGAGGAGUGAUGCUUUUUAGAGUAUAAUUUUAACAGGAAGGAAGAAAACGAGGGGUAGUUUUAUUUUUAUAAUUAAUUGUCUACAUAAAUCUCUUCCACUUACAGUACUUAAUCAACCAGAUGCUUUAAUGUUAUGUUUUCUGUUUUUUUUGGUCCAGAAACUUUGGUUGAUUACUUUUAUCUGUACAUUUGUGCCUUUUUAA